CCUCGCCGCCACCCACCCCUCCCUCCCUCUCCUCCCUCCCUCCCCCCCGGCAGGAUCCAGCGUGCUUCAAGAUCCCCACGCUUUGCUCCUCCCUCCCUCCCCUCCGGCAAGAUCCAGCAUGCAGCCUCCCUCUCCUCGAUCCAGAUCGACAGGUCCACCACCUACACUUCCGGCGAUCCCCAAUCCGACGACAGAGACGGCUGCUCCCGCACCGGCCUUCUUCCUUGCCCCAGAUGCCGCUGCUCGUCUCCUCUCCGGUGAGUGCAGAGGAGCCACCGCGGUCGAGGCAGCCGUCGGCUGGAGCCCCGCCUCUUCUCCUCUCCGGUCGCCGUGGAGGUCCGCCGCGUCCAACCUCCUCGACGGCGCCCGGAACCCUAGGCGGCCCAUCUCUUCCUCCCAUGGCCAUGGCCAUGGCGAGCCUACAAGUUGUGCAGCAGCAGAUAUUGAUUUCCCAGCCCACCUGACGGCCCGCUCCCCUCGCCCCCGCGCAGAUCUUCGAGUACAACGGCUCCGCACCCUGCAGCACCGGUCCGGGACGAGUGCAGCGCUGGUUCGGGCGUCCUGCGCCAACCAGAGCACACCCCAGGUGCUCGACGGAAUGCCCGCUGCACCGCCUGGUCUCAACUUUCUUGCCCUUUGCCAAGCUGAGGGAGAGGGCUAGGGUCAGCUCCCCGUCAUUUGCUCGGUUGAAAUUGCUAGCUAUAGUCAAUUGCCAUUGCCUGUGUAUUUGGGUAGUCGAUCGUUAGAUUUUAUUUCUUUAGGGUUGACCAAGACUGGUUCCGUUUCUUGAUGGCACCCACUGUUGUUGCUAGUUACUUCACUGUCUGGUGAGAUUUUGCUUCUUUACUACAGGGUUAAAUAGUCUACUAUUUUGUCUGGUCUCUAUGUCUCUCAAUGACAGCAAUCUGAAUUGCUGUAUUGUGUGCCUUGAAAAGCAUGGUUGCAACCAUUCCUAAUUUUUUGUUCUUGUUCGGUUUGGAUUUGGAUGCAGUAGGUGCUCUGCUCUUGCGCACGGUGUGUGUCUCCGGCACAGCGAUGCUUCUUGAGGCGACCAGCGUGACGGCGGCUAUGUAUGGCGGCGACCACAAGCUCUCCGAUGAUCGGCUCCCUCUCCUACCCCUAGUUCUCUUUUCUACUCCUAUAGCACUGCUCUGUUUGUUUAGAGCACUAGCAACAGGACUUGUAAAAGCUUACUGAUGUAGGAGUAGUGAAAGCUUCAUGGUUGAUCCUGAUUACUGAACAUGGGAGAUGUAUCUUCUUUUGCGUAUCAAUUACAUAGCAGUACGAUAUAAUGGAACAGUCUAUGUACUGUUAUUUUUAGGUUAGGUUGAAGUGAUUGGUAGGCCUUCAUUAACAAGCGAGCUUCUUUAAA